AGAGAUGGUGGAUGGGUGGCAUGGCAUCCCAUUGACCCACCCUGAGCUGCGAUUCUGCUGACAGGACAAAGAACCAUGAGAUAAUGCCAUUCCAGAGGGAUCCUGGUCACACCCCUCAGAUCUUCACCAUGGACAUCUCGAUCCAGCACCCGUGGUUCAGACGUGGACUGGGCCCUGCGAGACUCUUUGACCAGUUCUUUGGAGAGGGGCUGUUUGACCAUGACCUCCUCCCCUACGCAGCGUCCACCAUCAGCCCAUACUACAGGCAGGCGCUGUUCCGCAACUUCUGGGACUUCAACAACUCCGGGAUGUCUGAGGUGUGGUCCGACAGGGACAGGUUCACAGUUCACCUGGAUGUGAAGCACUUCUCUCCAGAGGAGCUCAACGUGAGAGUGACCGACGACUAUGUGGAGAUCCAGGGCAAGCACGAGGAGAGACAGGACGACCACGGUUUCGUCUCCCGCCAGUUCCACCGCCGCUACCGCCUCCCCUCCAACGUGAACCAAACAGCCAUCACCUGCACCCUGUCGGCUAAUGGCAUGCUGACCGUGUACGGGCCCAAGGUUUCCGGGGGCAACGAGGCCGGACGUGGCGAUCGCAGCAUCCCCGUCACCCACGACGAAAAGACCAACGCUGCUGCAUCUUCUUAAAAAGCCUUACUACUUCAAGAUGGCUGCCAACAACCUCUUUUCUCUCUUCUCCCCUUUAAUUUCUAAGAGUAUAUCUAUGUACCCAUAAAUCUAUACAUUUGCAUAUGGUGAGGGGCAGAAAAAUAACAAACACAUCUGAUAGAACCUAACAUUGGUUUUGGAAAUACUUUAGUUUAAUGUUAAUGUGAAAUGUUUAAAAUAAUUUGCACCCUCACUAAUUUGUAUUGUAAUCUAUAAUCUAGCCUUGUCCUGUUUAUAACCAAUGCCAUGACUUUGACACCUAGAAAGUCAUAUUAAACUAUAUUCACUAAUUACAA